AGUCAACUUCACUAUUUAGUCUAUAUACUUUAGUUUAGAUCUCAUUGUAACAAACCUACAAAUAUACAAUUCGAUCUUUUAUAUCAAAAGCUUUCAUGGUAUCAGAGCCCAUGGCUCUCUUGGAAAACUAACCUCGCCGGAACCCUAGUAUUUCUUGUACUGACUUCGUCGGAGACACUCAGACCACCAGACCACCUGAAUCUGCCCUGCUGUCGCUGCUCCCUUCACCAGACACCCCAUUGUCUUAAUCGUUGCUUAAAUCUUCCUUCCCAUCAAACUCAAGUCCCAUUAUCGCUGGUACUUUCCUCUGAAUCACCACCAGUCACCACCGCAUCAAAAAGAAAAAAGGCCGCCCCUCUUCUCAACAGGAAAAUAAAUCUCUCGUUUGAAGCUUUAUCUAUCCUUGUUUCAAGGUUUCUUUUAUUUGAGACUUUGUUUGGAUACUACACUAUUCCUUGGAGUUCUCGUUUACCCAUAAGACCUUAACCAGGUUCCAUUUUUUGGCAUUAAAUACUUAUUAAUACCCUUUGGUAUUACCAGUCAUAUUUCCCCUGUGGUAUAAUUUUCUUACUUUCUCCAUGUCAACCACUGGAAUCACAUCACGACCCAUUAUUACCGUUUUCAGUGGUACAAAUUAUGUUUCUUGGUCUCGUCAAAUGACAAGCUACUUUCAAUCCAAAAAAUUAUGGCGUGUUGUAACUGGAUCAUUAUCUCGUCCAGUAAUCAAAGAAAAAGAAGACAAAUAUGCAUUUGAUCUACGUGAAGAAGAUUGGUUGUGCAAGAACUGUGAAAUCAUUACAGUCAUAUGUAACUCGUGCACCAUUGAAAUCACUCAACAGUUUGGAUUGUAUACCAUAGGAAAAGAGAUCUGGGAUUUUUUGGCCAAACGAUAUACCACCACAGAUCUUGCACAUCAAUAUCAGUUGCUUCGAACUGUCCUUAGCAAACGCCAACAACCUAAUCAGUCGAUAAGUGCAUUUGUAUCUGAGAUGCAAAGUUAUUGGGAUCAACUCACAUUGGCUGCACCUACCACUAAAUGUCACGAAGAUGCAAUCAUAGCCGUGAAUCACCAAAAGCAUCUUCAACUUAUGAUUUUGCUAAUGGAACUUCAAGAUCGUUUUGAACUUGUAAGAGCAUCUCUCUUGCACCGUUCUCCUCUCCCUACCUUGGAAGCAGGAAUAACUGAACUGAUUUCAGAAGAAACAAGAAUUGGGGCACCGACUUCUCCAUCUGACGAGGUUAUGGUUGUCUCUGGUUAUAAAGGCAACAAGAAGUCUUCUGUUUUCACACCGCGCAACAACAAUACAAAUAGGAACUCUAGUGAAUGCAAUUAUUGUCACCUCAAAGGCCACCAGUUUCUCGAUUUCCCUCACAGAAUUUGCAAAUUUUGUGAAAAGAAGAACUCGAAACACUAUGGUUCAGACUGCAUGCAAAACCCGAAUCGCAACAAAAGCUUUUCAGGCUCUACUUCACAUUCAGACUCCUCUCCAAAUCCAUCGAUGGUGGUACCAGGGGCUACUUCAGUUACUCCAGAUGAUGUUAUUUCCCUCAUGAAGCAAGUUAUGUGUGGUUCAUCGCAUUCCAUGGCUACAUCCCAAGGAUCCAAGGACGAAGCAGAUCUUUGGGAUCGGCCGUAGGACGGGACGGGUGUACGAGCUUGUCUACCUUCGCAUACCCAAAUCUUUUACCCCCACUUCUCUCUCAACCUUACCUUCAACGAAUUUGCUUGAUAUUUGUCAUUCUAGAUUAGGUCAUAUUUCUUAUGAUAGACUCAUAUUACUUAUUUCUUCUGGUAUUUUUCAAAACC